AUGGCUGGCCACGGCUAUACCAAACUUGACCCCGCCGUCGAGCGGUGGAAUGCCAUGCGUGAAAAUGCAUACAAGCAUUUCCGCUUUACAAGCCGCACCGCUUGGCAGUCAUUUGCAGGGCUCAUCCUCUUUCCCGGAGCUAUCUACUGGCUUUCCAGCAACCAAGAUACGAAAUGGAGUUGGUCUGGGAAACUGAAGAACGAAUCAUUGGCUCGCAUAUCUCCACCCGCGGAGUCUUCAGACUAG